CGUUCAGUUCGGUUUCAGGCGGGUUCCAGUGCGCGCGCGACAUUUUCCAAGCACUCUUCCUGUGCCGAUGUGUAUUAUACUGUUCAAAUAUAUUUAGCUAGCUAACUAGAAGCUUGCCACCCCGUGGGGAACAGAGUGUGGUGCUGUUGCUGAUCUCAUCUCGCGCGAGUUUGCUAUCUCUAAAUUGACGGGUAUCGGAUAGUGCGGCAUUGUGUCGAACCGCGGCUCACUUUUUCACCAGUUACGGUGCCGGAGUUUUGAUACAAAAAUACCUGUGGUUCGAUUUUCCUGAUAGUGACAACAAUAGUGCAAUUGAGGUCCAUCAUAAUGGCCGACGAUAAGCAGAAUGGUUCAGACAUGGUUGACAAAGCUGCUGUGGAAGUAGCUCAAAUGGCCUUGGAAUCCAACGAAGAUGUCGCUAAGCCAGCUACUGCGCCCAAGGAAGCGGCCCACGAAGACGCUGGAAGCAAAGGGGCCACCAAGAAGGAGGAGAAUGGUACACCAAAAGCCGCACCCGUUUCGACUGCUGCAUUUAAAGAGCAAUUCAAAGCAUUUUCAAAGUUUGGAGACACCAAGUCCGAUGGCAAGCACUUGACCCUUUCGCAGAGUGAUAAGUGGAUGAAGCAGGCCAAGGUCAUUGACAAGAAAAUAACUACAACUGAUACUGGAAUUCACUUCAAGAAACUAAAGUCAAUGAAGCUAUCCUUUGCGGAAUACAACACAUUCCUGGAAGAUUUAGCUAAAACCAAGAAGGUUGAGCUGGAUGAAAUCAAGAGCAAAAUGGCCAACUGUGGAGCUCCAGGAAUCCACAACGCUACGCCCGGAAAGGCAGCCGAAACGGUGGCGCGGCUGACAGAUACAUCGAAAUACACCGGAUCGCACAAGCAGCGGUUUGACGAGACCGGCAAGGGAAAGGGAAUCGCCGGUCGAAAAGAUCUUCCGGACAGUUCGGGAUACGUAUCUGGAUACACUCAUAAGAACACCUACGAUAAGACACACUAGACAAAAAAUCGCGUACCUUGUGAAAUUGCCCUUCCAUUUUCUCGACAUGUAAUCAUAAUCCCAUGAUGAUAAUAUUCGAUUAAUCAAAAAAAAACGAGAAAUAAGUUUCCAUAGUCUUCGAAAGAUAAUGAAUUAAGUAAGCUUUAAAAAAAAUGGUUUAGUUUAACACAUGACGAUUGUUUCAUGAUUUCCUUGUUGAUGUUUGAUUUGAUAUACAAUAUACAUAGCCUUUCGGUUUGAUUUCUCAUUCGGUCUAAGAUAAGUUAUUCUAGUCCUGUUAGUUUUAUAAAGUGACAUUGAAAUGAAUGAAGUUUUGUUAAUGACAUCAAGCGUUGCAUUAGCUCUAUAGUUCACCCACAUAGUCAUUGUUUCUCGUACCUAAUGCAGUUCAUAAUGAAUGGAUACAAUCCAAAAUAUAUUUAAAAACCCAGAUAAAAUAUAACAUAUUUGUAUUUUCCGCUGAUGAUAUUCACGAAUGAAUAAAUUUGGUAAACACACUA